CCGAGCCGAGUGAGGGGCGCCGCAGGAGCCUCCGCCCCGCCCGCCCCGAGGCCCCCACCUGCGCGGGGACGCCGGGCCGCGUGCGGGGCGCGGGCUCCGCCGCUCGGGCUUCCCCUCCUGUCUCCCGUUUCUGUUCUGGUUCUAGUUCGUGCCGGGUUCAAGAUGACAAUCCGGCACCAAGGCCAACAGUACAGGCCGAGGAUGGCAUUUCUCCAGAAGAUUGAAGCACUGGUGAAGGACAUGCAGAACCCAGAGACCGGGGUCAGAAUGCAGAACCAGAAGGUCCUGGUCACCAGCGUCCCUCACGCCAUGACAGGAAGUGACGUUCUGCGGUGGAUCUCCCAGCGGCUUUGGGUCUCCAGUCUGGAGGCACAGAACUUGGGCAACUUUAUCGUCAAGUGUGGCUACAUUUACCCCCUCCAAGACCCCAAGAAUCUCAUUCUCAAACCUGACAGCAGCCUCUACCGAUUUCAGACGCCGUAUUUCUGGCCCACCCAGCAGUGGCCGGCUGAAGAUACAGACUAUGCCAUCUAUCUAGCCAAGCGAAAUAUAAAGAAGAAAGGGAUUUUAGAGGAAUAUGAAAAGGAAAAUUACACUUUAUUGAACAAAAAAAUUAACUACAAGUGGGACUUCGUCAUUAUGCAGGCGAAAGAGCAGUAUAGGGCUGGAAAGGAAAGGAAUAGAGCGGACAGGUACGCACUGGAUUGCCAGGAGAAGGCGUAUUGGCUGGUCCACCGCUGCCCUCCAGGAAUGAACAACGUGCUAGACUAUGGCCUGGACCGAGUGACCAAUCCGAACGAAGUUCAGGUAAAUCAGAAACAAACAAUCACUGCCAUCAAAAAAGAGAUCAUGUAUUACCAGCAGGCCUUACUGAGGUCCACAGUGAAGUCUUCGGUGUCCCUUGGAGGGAUCGUCAAAUACAGUGAGCAGUUUUUGUCCAAUGAUGCCAUCAUGUCAGGAUGCCUGCCUAGCAAUCCUUGGAUAACAGAUGACACCCAGUUCUGGGACUUAAAUGCCAAAUUGGUGGAAAUCCCAACCAAGAUGCGGGUGGAACGAUGGGCCUUCAACUUCAGUGAACUGAUCCGGGACCCCAAGGGUCGCCAGAGCUUCCAGUAUUUUCUCAAGAAAGAGUUCAGUGGGGAGAAUCUGGGAUUCUGGGAAGCCUGUGAGGAUCUGAAGUAUGGAGAUCAGUCCAAGGUCAAGGAGAAAGCAGAGGAGAUUUACAAGCUAUUCCUGGCCCCAGGGGCGAGGCGAUGGAUAAACAUAGAUGGCAAAACCAUGGACGUCACCGUUAGGGGUCUGAGGCGUCCCCACCGCUACGUGCUGGAUGCCGCACAAACCCACAUCUACAUGCUCAUGAAGAAGGAUUCUUACGCACGCUACUUAAAAUCUCCAAUCUAUAAGGAAAUGCUUGCCAAAGCUAUUGAACCUCAGGAAACCACCAAGAGGAGCUCCAGCCUCCUGUUCAUGCGGCGUCACCUGCGCGCCAGCCCGAGCCCCGUCGUGCUGAGGCAGCUGGAGGAAGAGGCCAAGGCUCGAGAAGCAGCCAGCACCGUGGACAUCACCCAGCCGGGCCAGCACCUCGCCCCCAGCCCCCACCUGGCCGUGUACACUGGGACCUGCGUGCCCCCCUCUCCUUCCAGCCCCUUCUCACCCUCCUGCCGCUCCCCCAGGAGGCCCUUCCCCUCGCCCAGCCGCUUCAUCAGGCGGCCGAGCAGCACCGUCUGCCCCUCGCCCAUCAGAGUGGCUUUGGAGAGCAACCUGGGCUCGGAGCAGAAGGGGGCGGCCAGCGGAUCUGAAGGCCACCAAGGGCCCUCUGACGCAGACGCUGACACAAGUGGUGCCUGUGCUGACCACCCCCUGCCCCGGCCUAGGGCCCCUCCCAAGGCCCGCGUGGCUCUGUCCUUCAGCAGGUUUCUGAGAAGAGGCUGCCUAGCCUCGCCACCGGUCUUUGCCAGGCUCUCUCCUAAGUGCCCCACUGUGUCCCACGGGAAGGUGCAGCCCCUGGGGGAUGCAGGCCAGCAGCUGCCACGGCUGAAAUCCAGAAGAGUUACAAACUUUUUCCAGAUCAAAAUGGAUGUGCCUACCGAGAGUGGGACCUGUCUGAUGGACUCAGAGGACACCGGGACAGGAGAGUCGGCGGAGCAGGCCACAGAGAAGGAGGUCAUCUGUCCCUGGGAGAGCCUGGCCCACGGCAAGGCCGGCUGAGCCAGGGUCCUUGGACCAAGAGGAUGCUCCCAGCAGACUCCACUGUGUGGGGCACGCUUGCUCUCGAACCAAAGUGCAUUACAAUAAUAUUUGGGGUCUGGAGAGAUGAGAUGGGGUGGAUUAUGGGGGAGCAUGCUCUGGCUGGACUCCCAGUGGCCAGCUCCUUCCCUUCCUCCUAACCCUCCCUCCCUUGGGCAGAAAAAAGGCAUGUGGACCAGAGAGCUAUACUUGCUGCCUUAAAACUGAUAAAGAGUUAA